UAACCGGUCUAUCAAGCCGGCACGUAACUUACUGAGCCACUGAGACGAUCCGCCAUUGAAAGGAUUCUACACAUCCAUCUCCACCUUUUACAUCGUCAGGUUUUUAGUGACGGAAAGGAAGCGUGUCAAAAUGAGAGAAAUUGUCCAUAUCCAGGCCGGUCAGUGCGGCAAUCAGAUUGGAUCCAAGUUCUGGGAAGUCAUAUCCGACGAACACGGCCUUGACCCUACCGGUGCUUACCAUGGCGACUCGAAACUGCAGUUGGAGAGAAUGGACGUCUACUACAACGAAGCUUCUGGUAACAGAUACGUACCCAGAGCCAUCUUGGUCGAUCUGGAACCCGGUACCAUGGAUUCAGUCAGAUCAGGACCCUACGGUCAACUCUUCAGACCCGACAACUUUGUAUUUGGCCAAUCAGGAGCCGGGAAUAACUGGGCGAAAGGUCAUUACACGGAGGGUGCAGAGCUAGUGGACAAUGUGCUUGAUGUUGUGCGGAGAGAAUGCGAAAAGUGUGACUGUCUGCAAGGUUUCCAAUUGACCCAUUCUUUAGGUGGGGGUACAGGGUCUGGCAUGGGCACGCUGUUGAUCAGUAAGAUCCGAGAAGAAUACCCAGACAGGAUCAUGAACAGCUUCUCCGUGAUGCCAUCUCCAAAGGUGUCGGAUACAGUCGUAGAACCCUACAACGCCGUCCUGUCAGUUCACCAGCUAGUCGAAAAUACGGACGAGUCCUUCUGUAUUGACAAUGAGGCACUUUACGACAUUUGCUUCCGCACCUUGAAGCUGAGUACUCCUACAUACGGGGACUUGAACCACCUUGUGUCCAUUACCAUGUCCGGUGUCACCACAUGUCUUCGCUUUCCGGGUCAGUUGAAUGCAGACUUGAGAAAGUUGGCUGUAAACAUGGUGCCCUUCCCACGUUUGCACUUUUUCAUCUCCGGGUUUGCGCCUCUGACCUCCAGAGGCAGCAUGCAGUACCGAGCCCUAACCGUACCAGAGCUCACCCAGCAGAUGUUCGAUUCCCGAAACAUGAUGGCCGCCUGUGACCCUCUUCAUGGACGCUACCUCACCGUGGCCGCCAUGUUCCGCGGAAGAGUAUCCAUGAAAGAAGUUGACGAACAGAUGAUGAACGUUCAAAACAAGAACAGCAGUUACUUUGUAGAAUGGAUCCCCAACAACGUUAAGACAGCUGUUUGCGAUAUUCCUCCAAGAGGGUUGAAACUGGCGGCAACAUUCGUUGGAAACAACACAGCAAUCCAGGAGCUAUUUAAGCGAAUCUCUGAGCAGUUCACAGCCAUGUUCCGGCGUAAAGCUUUCCUCCAUUGGUACACCGGUGAGGGUAUGGAUGAGAUGGAGUUCACUGAGGCCGAGUCCAACAUGAACGACUUGGUGUCUGAGUACCAGCAGUACCAAGAUGCCACGGCCGACGAAGAGUACGACGACGAAGAAGACGAGGACGAAAUCACAGGAGAAGCUGAUUAAAUCCUUACGCUAAACAUGUCGUGUCCCUUAAAAUCAGCUAUGAUUAACUCUUCUCUGCUUAUAUACAAACUUUGUAGUGUAUAUUUCGGGACGUAUGUACGCAUUAGGCUUGGGUAUUGCCAAGGACCUUCUUAUCAUCUCCAAAGAGCUGGAAGUGACAUUCUGCUUUGCUUGUACCCUCUACGCUCUAUUCUUUUAUAUUGUAGUAUUUUAUGUUCAUCUCGGGAAGAUGCAGAUGUUGUUGAAUGCUCCAGGCCUAAUCAAAUAACUCCAAUUAUUCGUCCUUGUGGUUUGUUUCUGCCGCCUUCCACGAUCUGUUUAAAAGAAGAACCUUCUCAAAAAUCUACAUACUUGAUAUACUAAAUGGUGUGUUUUAGUUUAAAACUGUGUCAAUAUUGCGAAUUAAAAAUCAUGGAUUUUAGAAAGUACACGAGAGAUUCUAAAGAACAUAGGGCCUAAUGUUUUAUACCUUAUACAUCGCCGUGUACCUAUGUAUGUUAACGUUUUCUAUAUACACUGUAGAUGAAAUGCUUUAUAUGGUUUCUACAUUCCGCAUCCAAGGUGAUAUGCUGUGGUGCUCAUGACUAUAUAUAAAGGGGGAUAUUUGGGCAUUGUUUUAUUUACAAUCCAAAAACUGUUACUUAAUUUAACAGUAUUUAUGGGACCAUGGCAUUUUUACAGAUAACAUGCGUGUUUAUUUCUAUAUUUUAUUAUAAUGUCUACGACUCUCCAACGUGUUUGUUCAGGAAUGCAAAAAUUUGUGUCUGAGAUGACAAUGCUGCUGUUGUUGUUGAACAAAUGCCGUCAUGAUUAACCUGUUGCUUCAUCUGUUUUGUUGAAUAAAGCUGAUACUG